GCCCGCCGCCGAAGGCACCGCCGACAGCAUCGCAGCGUCCGACCGGCCGGACACAAUCGCCACGGAAACUGCGUGUACCGCGUGGCCCGCACAGAGUACUAUGUUGGUGCGCCGCACGAAUGUUGUAUUAAAAUAGUGCGCGCGCGGGAAUCUCGUACUGUGGCUGCAAUGCCGCGGUUUUCACUGUUCCAUUGGCGGCAUUUCGCUUUACUCGUUUACUUGCUUACGGCAGUAUCGGCGCAAUGGAACAGAUAUCCAUAUGAAUUGAACAGAACUACUGAAAAUGAACCAUACUCCGGAGAUCAAGAAGGAAGACGGUAUACUAAUGAAAACAGAUAUGCUAUCGCAAAUCAAAGAGGGAAUUCAUCAAAUUGUACACCAAAAUGUUUCGCAGAAAAAGGGAGUCGGGGACCACCUGGUUCAACUGGCUUACCGGGUCCUCAAGGAAUACAAGGAUUUCAAGGAAUCGAAGGUCUGCCAGGUCCGAUGGGAGAUAAAGGAGACAUUGGGCCAGCAGGACCACGUGGACCAAAAGGAGAUAGGGGUAAAAUGGGUAUUCCAGGAUUUCCAGGUGUAAGUGGUGUGCCUGGACAGGUAGGAUCUCCUGGACUACCAGGUAUUCCUGGUCUAGAUGGAUGUAACGGAACGGAUGGGAAACCUGGUCUUCCUGGUUUACCAGGUGCUAUUGGACCUCGCGGAUACCCAGGAUUACCUGGUGAUAAAGGAAUGAAAGGAGAAUCUGCGCAGACACCAAUAAAUAACAAAGGCCAAAAAGGAGAACCCGGUUUGAAUGGUGUUCAAGGCUUACCCGGAAUACCUGGUCCACAGGGUCCUGUUGGACCAAUGGGAAAUCCAGGAGAUAUUGGUCCAAAAGGAAAUAGAGGUUAUCCUGGCCCAAAAGGAGAAAAAGGAAAAGAGAAUGUUGGUUUUGAAGGUCAAAAAGGUGAUAAAGGUUGGAAAGGAGAAAGGGGACCUCCUGGACAAGCUUAUAUACCACGAAGUGGUAAUGACAAUUCAACUGUUGGACCUAAAGGCGAAAAAGGAUCGCCAGGUAUUCAGGGAGAACGUGGAGAAACCGGCUCUAAAGGAGAUAUGGGAAUGACUGGUGAUAAAGGAGAGCCAGCUAAUGAUGGUGAAAAAGGUGAAAAAGGAUUAAUGGGACCUCCAGGACCUAGAGGACGUGAUGGCUAUCCAGGACCUCCUGGAUUUAUUGGCCAAAAAGGAGACCGAGGAAAUGAUGGAUUGAGUGGUUUACCAGGCCGUCAUGGGCCUAAGGGAGAGCCCGGAAGAGAUGGAGCACCUGGAGUGGCUGGACUUCGAGGUCCUAGAGGACCACCAGGGGGAGGAAAUGGCAGACCCGGUCUCCCUGGACCUCAAGGACCCAGAGGUUAUCCAGGACCAAUAGGUCCUAAAGGUUUAGAUGGUAUCGAUGGACAACCAGGUCCACCUGGACCAAAAGGAAAUACUGGAGGCCCAGGAAUGCCUGGAAAUAUUGGUCCCGAAGGAUUUCCUGGCGAGAUUGGUGCAAAAGGAGAACCAGGACUUACAGGUUUUCCUGGAGUACCCGGGUUACGAGGAUACCCUGGAUUACAAGGCCCUCCUGGACCUAGAGGACAACCUGGAGAAAAGGGUGCUUCAAUCAUUGGAAAUAAAGGUGUAGAUGGAGUUCCCGGAAGAGACGGUGAAAAAGGAUCUAAAGGUGAACGUGGUUAUCCAGGUGAACGAGGAUCUCCAGGUGAUUCCCCAUCUGGUAUUCCCGGACCACCAGGUGUUAUGGGUCCUCCCGGAGAACCAGGUGCUGAGGGUAGACCAGGUUUUCCUGGAAUCCCAGGUCAAGACGGUCAAAAAGGUGAAAUAGGUGGUAGUUGUCAAAAUUGUAGUCCAGGAGAAAAAGGUGCUAAGGGUGAUCCUGGAAUUCCUGGAACUCCAGGACUAACGGGGCCUCGUGGACCACCAGGGGAUAGAGGGUUCCCAGGUGAACGCGGUGAUGAUGGAAUGAUUGGACCGAUUGGUGAACCAGGAGAACCUGGUAAAGAUGGUAUUGCGGGUGAACCAGGAGUUAAAGGUCAAAAAGGAGAAAAUGCUUUGAUAUCAGCUGCUCAAAUGAAAACGGAAAAAGGAGAACCUGGUCCAAAAGGUUCCCAAGGAAGAGAUGGCUUGCCAGGAGCUAGAGGUGAUUUGGGAUAUCCCGGACAAAAAGGUGUAACAGGACCAAUGGGAGAAACGGGAGAAAAAGGUGAUAGAGGAUUCCCAGGUUCUGAAGGUUAUCCAGGACAACCAGGAAAUCCUGGAGACAAAGGAGAAAAAGGAGUUAGCAUAAAGGGAGAACAAGGAUAUCCAGGAAUUAAAGGAGUCAAGGGAGAUAAGGGUUAUUCUGGAUUACCUGGCGCAAAAGGAGUACCUGGUAAAUGUGAUGAUUUAAGUGAACUAAUUAAAGGCCAAAAAGGAGAUAAAGGAUUUGAAGGACAAAAAGGUGAACCUGGUUUACAAGGAGUACAAGGUGAUCCUGGUGAUAAAGGAGACCUGGGCCCAGUGGGAAAAGAAGGAUCUAUUGGUCCAAGAGGACCUCCGGGUAUUGUCGGUCCAAGAGGACUACCAGGACCUCGUGGUGACAAAGGAAAUACUGGACCAAUGGGUUUUCCUGGUGAUUCGGGGCGUGAUGGAGAAAGAGGAUAUCCAGGAUUACCAGCAGCCAAAGGAAUGAAAGGCGAGCCCGGAAUACCAUUAAUCGGACCAAAAGGUUCAGAAGGACCUGCAGGCGAUAAGGGUGAAAAAGGUCUACAAGGACCAUUUGGAAGACCCGGAAUUUCUGGUGAACCAGGUACUCCUGGAUCACCCGGAGAAAAAGGCGAUCAAGGUGAACCUGGUUUGGAAGGAUUGUCGGGACAGCAAGGAAAUAAAGGAGAACCUGGACCUGUUGGUCCCAUUGGACCACCUGGUUUGGAUGGACAACCUGGAGCUGAUGGUGUAAAAGGUGAACCUGGACUAAUUGGUGAACCUGGUAGGCAGGGACUUCAUGGAUUCCCUGGACAAAAAGGUGAUAUUGGUCCUCCAGGUCCAGAAGGUCCUAAAGGAUUCCCCGGUUAUAGAGGCACUCCAGGAAUGCCUGGAAGACCUGGACUUGAUGGAUUACCAGGAGAUAAAGGUGAUAAAGGAGAAAUGGGAAUACCUGGACCUAUUGGAUUACCUGGAGAUGAUGGUUUGCCAGGAUUAAAAGGAAUCACAGGUGAAAAGGGUGAUAUAGGUUUCCCUGGCCCCCCUGGAGAUCGAGGACAACGUGGUUGGAUUGGACCUAAAGGUGAUCGCGGUCCAUUAGGCCCACAGGGCUUGAAAGGUGAACCUGGUCCUGUUUCAGAAAAAGGACAAAAAGGAGAACCUGGUGAAUCCGGUCUUAGAGGGCCACAAGGACCACCGGGACUUGACGGUCUACCAGGAGAAAAAGGUGAAAUUGGAUUCCCGGGUAUUGGAAUACCAGGAUUGCCUGGAAUAAAAGGUGAUCCAGGAGUACCUGGAUUUGAUGGAAGACCUGGAACAGAUGGUGAAAAGGGUUUCCCAGGAGUAGCUGGAGUUCCAGGAAUGAAAGGUGACACGGGACCUCGAGGUGUACCAGGAAUACCAGGAGAACCCGGAAUGGAUGGUUUAAAUGGAGUUGAUGGUCGAGAAGGCUAUCCUGGAAUUCCCGGAAGUAAAGGUGAUAGAGGAGAUACUGGAAAUCCAGGAAUCCCUGGCCUCAAUGGAAUGAAAGGAGAACGAGGAGUACCUGGCUUGCCUGGACCUGUUGGGUUCCCCGGAGUUAUUGGAGAUAAAGGUGAUCGGGGUUUGCCAGGCCCAGCAGUUGAUAUUAAAGGAGAUAAAGGAGAACCAGGACCACCAGGUUUUCCUGGAAAGCCUGGUCUACCAGGACUCACUGGUCUUGAUGGACAACCUGGCAUAGCAGGUGAUAAAGGUGAUAUGGGAUUAAUGGGCCUUCCUGGUAACCCUGGUCCUCCAGGUCCAAGAGGUGAAAAAGGCGAUACUGGACCACAAGGUCUUCCUGGUUUGCCUGGAAUAACGGUUAAAGGAGAAAAAGGACUACCAGGGCUUUUGGGAAAACACGGUAGAGAUGGAUUGCCUGGAUUAAUUGGAGAAAAAGGUGAUAAAGGAUUGCCAGGAUUACCAGGAUUGCCCGGUCCUAUUGGGCCAGUAGGGUUACCAGGUGCACCGGGAGAUGUAGGAGAAACUGGACCACCGGGUUUCCCUGGACCUCCAGGAAUAGACGGAUUGCCAGGUCUUCCUGGAUUAGAUGGUUCCAUAGGAUUAAUGGGACCCAAAGGAGAACCUGGAAAUCCUGCACCAUACAGCGAAAAAGGAGAUAAGGGUGACACUGGUCCUGCAGGAGAACCCGGUUAUCCAGGACCCAAAGGUGAAAAAGGAGAUAUAGGAUAUCCAGGAGCUCCUGGAUUAACAGGUCUGACUGGAUUACCAGGUGAAAAAGGUCUAGAUGGAUUACCAGGAAAACCAGGUUUUCCUGGAAUUAUGGGAAUGCGAGGUGAUAAAGGUGAACCCGGUCUUACACCACCACCAGGACCAAAAGGAGAUCCAGGUUUACCUGGAAUGGCUGGCUGGCCUGGUGAAAAGGGUGAACGUGGUAAUGAUGGAUUCCCUGGUUUGCCCGGAAUUAAAGGAGAAAGAGGUUUUCCUGGUUUGAAUGGUCCAAUCGGUCCUCCAGGCAUAGAUGGUGAUAAAGGUGAACCAGGAUUUGAUGGACCUCCAGGCAUACAAGGACCUGUGGGUCAAACAGGAAAUGCUGGCCCUCCUGGGAAGCCUUGCGAAUCACAACCAGAUUACUCAACGGGUAUAUUAUUGGUCAAGCACAGUCAAAGCUCAACGAUACCUGAGUGCGAACCAAACCACGUCAAACUCUGGGACGGAUACAGUUUAUUGUAUAUUGAAGGAAACGAAAAAUCGCACAACCAAGAUUUAGGUUUUGCCGGUUCUUGUAUUCGAAAAUUCUCUACAAUGCCGUUCUUGUUCUGUGAUUUCAACAACGUAUGCAACUAUGCCAGUAGAAACGACAAGUCAUAUUGGUUGAGCACUAACGAACCAUUACCAAUGAUGCCGGUCGAAGAGUAUGAUAUUCAAAAAUAUAUCUCACGUUGCGUGGUAUGCGAAGCCCCAGCGAACGUGAUCUCCGUGCACAGUCAGGCGAAGACGGUUCCCGACUGUCCGAAAGAUUGGGAAGGCUUAUGGAUAGGAUACAGUUUCGUGAUGCACACUGGAGCUGGCGCUGAAGGAGGUGGUCAAUCGUUGGCCAGCCCUGGCUCGUGCUUGGAAGACUUCAGGGCUACGCCAUUCAUCGAGUGCAACGGGGCGCGAGGCACGUGCCAUUACUUCGCCAACAAGUUGAGCUUCUGGUUGGCCACCAUCGACAUCGAGGAACAGUUCACCAGUCCGCAGAGACAGACGCUGAAGAAGGAUGUGAUUCGCACGCACAUCAGCAGAUGCCGAGUGUGCAUACGAAGAACUGCGUAGUUAAACGGCAUCGCAAAUGCCCAUAACCAUAAAAAUUAUGUGAUACGCGCGCGCACCAAUGCGUAACAAUAAUUAAUAUUAUCCGUCGGUUAGAUCAUAUUAUUUUAGUCAUAUUAUAUAAUAU